AUGAACCGCAAUGUUGAUGUUGGUCGUCGUGCUCUAUUUUUUAAAAAAGGCAACAGCAACAGGCUGCUCUUCUGCCCCCAAUGGAAAAAAUUUUCCAGAAGAAUCUAUCAACAACAACAUGGACUCGAAAUAAGAUACAUAGAUCUGAGAAGGAUCAUGAAUAGCUUCACAACUACUUCUACCACAUUGAACACAUUUUGCAACGAGACGGGUAGAAGCGCGAUGUUGAGCGCAACAAAUGGGAAGACGACCGGAGCGAUCAGCGAAACUUUUGUGGUUUAUUUCCCUGCUAUCCGUCUCGAUCAUGAUUAUACCUUCCUAUGGAAUCGAAGGAACGUUUCUCCUAAAGAAUCGAAAAACCGAAACAAGGAAAAUUCGAAUUCCGAUAUAUGCAUACACAAACAAAGCAUUUAAGCAUGAUUAUCUUCACCUACCUUUAUUUUCGGCUAAUGACUCUUUCACAAAAAAAAAAAUGUGGAUUUGUAUGCUAAAAA